CUUGCUUCAUAUCUCACCACAAAAACCACCCCCGACCUGCCCUAGGGGGGCAGCCUCCCAUGGCUGAAGCCAAAGCACCCGCGAGGGAGAAGGCCCAGGCUCAUGAACGGGCGGUUUUCGAAGCCAUCGAAACAAUGGUCACUUCUACCCUCUGGGCAUACCACUCUUCCAAGUCUCCCGACCGGUCGUUGGACCCGCGCUGCGCUUCGCAGCAACGGAGCGGCUCCUGCGGUGGCAUCGGCCACAUGUCCCGUGAGCGACGCGCCGUUCCAGUUCCGAUCAUCUCCAACCCCGAGUUGCCGCCGAACCCAAACCGCGAGGCCAUCACCACCACGUGCGACGCCCGAGGAAGACGUCACUGCGUCAACGGCUCCAAGAGCUACAACUGCGGCGAGUCUCCGGGUGCACUAUCAGGAUGGGUUUCGAUGGCGCACCUGCGCAGCCGCCUGCUCCGGCCCCUUAUCCUCCGCAGCCAUAUGGUGCCCCUCACCAUUGGUGGGAUCAGUCUUCGCCCUUUCGUAGGACACCUCGACCGUUGCAGCAGGGGCUGCCUUCACCCGCGGGACGUCUUCGGUCGCCUUGUCAUCGGCAACCUGGCCCAACACGGAUUCCCCAACAAGCGCGCUCUCUACGUUGGGGGCCUCGACCCCAGAGUCACGGAGGACGUCCUGAGGCAGAUUUUCGAGACUACUGGCCAUGUCCAGAACGUCAAAAUCAUUCCCGACUUUGGCGCUGGCCCCGCAACUCGAGCGUUUCCUUCCCAAGCCCAAGGUUCUCGGUGCCCCCACCAGAUUCAAGGCCACAGCAGGAAGGGAGAUCUGACGGGAAAGCGGUCGUAUGGCCGCCUCCCGGCAUCGCUCCCAAGGCAACCCUCGGGGCGGUGUCGGGGAGGCACGUACAAGUCCGGCCCGGCCCCAGCCAGGUGCCUACCCUCCGAGGCCCCAACAACAGGCAACAGAGCCCAGCGAGACGAACCCCCGGACGACUUCGACUUCGACUUCGACUUCAACUUUGCCUUGGCAUCUUUCGACAACUUGGCCUCCAGUUUGGCCCGCAUCUUCUCCAGCUCGCGCGCCUUGACGCUCGCCGGGUGCUGCCGCUCCAUCCUGGGGGAAGAACGGCGACCUGAGCACACCGAUUCCGACGACGAGAAGCCGGAAGUCUUGACUACUCGUCCGGAAGAGUCUGUGGUCCCCCCGGUGGCCAGGAAGGCUGACCAGUCGAAGCACUGCAAGUACUACUCGACUGGUGGAAAUUGUGUGUAUCCGCGAAGGCUGGACCCAAACCCACCGCGGUCUACUUUGUUAAACGACAAGGAGCAGGAGGAUCUGUCCAUUGUCCAAGCCAUCAAGUACCUCCAGGACAAGGGUGCUUACAAGAAGAAGAACCCAUUGGAUCAGUCUUCUGGUGGUAGGAGGGGGGUGGGAGGGGGAGGAGGCCGCUUUCCGUCGGCGGUCUGUCCAGGAACACGAUGCUCCGUCGCUGGACUGUCCGGGUUUGGCGCAGUUGUGCCUGGCCUUCACGACACCGACGCGGCCAAGGUCGCGAAUGCUGCUGCGAUUGUCAUGAUGCAGGUGAAGGUCACCUACGCCAAUUGAGAGAAGGAGAGGCCCCAUUAUCAGGGACGCGGCAGCUGUCCUUCACGCUCAGCACCAAAAGCAGUGUGGCCCAGAGGACCUGAGAGACAACAAAAGUUACCUUAUCACCGGAACAAUCGCAGGAAGGAGGGAAAAGCGGUUCGAGUGCCCCUGGUUGGAGGGAAUGGCUGGGCUGCCAUC